AGUGGUUAUCCGACCAGUUCACGACAUCCAUCAGCAUCUGGUUCAAGUUCGUAUUACUAUUCACGUGGAGGAGGCUCGCUAUCGUCGAAUACUCUGUCGCCGGCAGUACUGCCAUAUAUUAACGUCCCACCACAACAGUACAACGGAGCAAUCGAAAAUUCAACAAUGAGCGUUCAUGGUAGCAGUCGUAAUCCGAGCGCUGUGGAGAGUGAUACACCAUCAUACUGGGUGGAACAUUUGGCAACAUUUGCUGUUGGUCGUGAAUUCGGUUUGCAAUAUCCGGAAGACGGUGUAAGGAAACUGAAGCAGCUGGAGCAUAGUAGUGCGAUAUGGGCACAACCGAUGGUACUAAGAUUGCAGCCCAGACUUGUCUCGGUUGAGGAUGAAAAUGGAGAUCUUGUAGAACAGUUUCCAAUGGAACUCGUAACAAAUCCAACUGCGCAUUUGUCCACAAAUCCCCGCGAUGUGUACAACAAUAUUUUAUUAUUUAUCGUAAAAGAAGAUAAAAAACGUGGAAGAAGUUUGAAUCCUACCGAAAUGCAUAUUUUCCAGUGCAAUCGUGUUUCGGCAAAUGAUGUUGUGGAUGAUAUAAAGGCAUUUCUAUCGGGACAUUACAAAAAGGUAAGGACAGGACGACGCGAUACGGGCUUCAUGAUUGGGUAUCAACCACCAUUCGUGAUGGGGCCACCUGCUCGAGGUUAUCGUGAUGAUACUUCCGCCAGUUCUGAUAGCAGUGAGUCAUUUGAAAGAGAUGUGAACACAUUAAAUCGUUGUUUCGAUGAUAUCGAGCGAUUUGUUGCUCGUAUACAAUCAGCUGCAAUUGCUCAACGUGAACUUGAAGCUCAGUCGCAUCGACAACGUACCCAUCGUAAGCAGAACUCACGUACACCUAUUGAUCCACAAAGUGGUAUCCUACAAAUGCGUGCACAACUUCCCGCAGAAUUUGAAUUUAUUGACAUUUUGCAGAAAUUCAAGUUGUCGUUCAAUUUGUUGGCUAAGCUCAAAAAUCACAUUCAUGAGCCGAAUGCACCAGAAUUAUUGCAUUUCCUGUUCACUCCGCUCACAAUCAUACUUGACGCAUGUCGUUGGGGUCUCGGAAGAAACGUCGUUUCUCCGUUGCUUUCACGAGAGACUCGUGAAUUGUUGCAGAACUGUUUAACAAGCAGAGAGUCUGAUGUGUGGAUGGCUAUGGGAGAAGCUUGGAGAAUAGCGCCAGAGGAUUGGAUUGGGCCAUUGCCUAAACCAUAUAGACCUAUAUUUUUGGAUGGCUUUGCACCAUAUGGUUAUCCAGAUAACUAUGGAGGUCCACAAAGUCCUCCGCGAUAUCAGUCAAUGCCGCAACCGAUUCAUCGUGGUGUGAGUGCACCACCACCACCUACCCAAAAUUCCUGUGCUCACCGACCACCGAUCAGGGAUCACUCUGUUGAUAAUUUAAAUGUGGAUGUGGAUCAUAUGUCUCUGGAAAAGGAGCGUCUGGAUUUUGAAAAAGAAAAAAUCGCGGAGCGUGAACGGCGACUUAUUGAAGAUGAACGCAGAAUCCUACAGGAGAAACAACGCUUAGCAGCUGAAAAAGAAAUGAUGGCACAAGAAGCUGAACAAAGAUCAGUGGGUAGCAGUUACACGGCAAGACAGAAUGAGAUAUCACGUCAGCCUUCACCAGCUAUGUCGAGACGGCCGCUUUAUCAGUCUCAGUUUAAUGACAGUGAACAGCAGCAUAUGACGCCGUCAUCCGGACCGAUUUUGCAAGAGCAAAGUCCACGGCAACGAGCUUUUUUAGACGAUGUUAUAGCUCGUCAUGCUAAACUCGUACAAGUUACACAUACUCGAGUUGCACAAAAUCCGAAAGAACUAACUGUCAGUCAGGGUGAAUUUCUUGAGGUCUUAAACGAUAAUAAAAAUUGGUGGGAAUGUACAAAUGUUCAUCAUCGUGUUGGUUACGUCCCGCAUACCAUAUUGUCUGUUAUAAGCGUAGGUCGUAGUUCUCCUCAGUCGUUACCACCUCAGGACUCGACUCUUCAUUCGGAGCGGAUAUCAUCGCAGGGAAAUGCAUUACCGCAUCGUGGAGCGUCUUUAUCGUUAAAUCCUCGUCCGGGUAUUAUAAGUGACGAUGCACCGGAAUACAUCAAACAACGACAAGGCAAACGAGGAGAAUUCAGAUAUUUCUAG